AUGUACCAUCAUCUUCAUCAUCUGCCCCGCUGCUGCUCUCUCUCUUCCUGCAGCAGACAGGCGGCUCCGCAGACGGACGCAGCUUCCAUCCCUCCCUCACCUGUUGCUGCUUCUGGCUGCGCUGCGGCGCGUUGGAAACCUUUACGCAUCGAGAGGCUCUCCGGCCCUCGCUGCUGGUCUCCGCAGCCUGACGGCUCAGCGGGGCGCCGGGCGGAGCGGAGGGAGCCGGCCGGCCUGGCGGAGCAGACGCUGUGCGCCAGCGGCAAGGCGGAGGGGAAGAUCAGCCGCGGCUCGGAGCGCUUCAAGCAGCCGAACCCCGACUGCAUCACCUUCAAGGACGAGGAGAACAGGACCGCCCCAAGUCCGCAGACAUUCGGCAGCUUGCGCAUCACAGAGCGCACCCGGUGGUCUGCGCAGGCGCAGCAGCAGGUGGUUCAGGUGGAUCACCGCGUCUCCGCCCGCCGCCGCCAAAGAAGUCUCGUCCUCACCGUCCGUCUCUGUCCGUUGACCCGGCAGGGAACCAUUGUGGUGGACGGAGUGAUGGCGUCCUGCUACGCGGCGGUGGACGGUCACCGCUUGGCCCACCGGGCCUUCGCCCUGCACCGCUGGACAGGAAGCGCUGGGCGCCUCGGCAACGGCCUGGACUGGUACUCACAGAUCACACUCUGGCUGGGCCAGGCGGUUCUGGUACCAGCAGCAAACAGGAAAUACUAUUAA